AUGUCAUUGAUAGCAGACUUAGCUUGGAUAAAACGUGGAAUACCGAAAGCCGUACCGGACAAGGUAAAGUUGUCGUCAGAAGAAAUCAGAACUUUGAUUCAAGAGGGUGAACCGGAAACUAGCGAAUUAUCCGAUACAGAUGGUGUAGUUAGUGGCGAAACGCAACAACGAAGAGGUAUCCGUGGUUCAAGUCCUGAUGUAGUGGACGAAGGAACGGAUGCUGAUAGAUAUAAAUUGGAUAAAUAUGACGAAAGUGAUGGUGAAAGACCUAAUCCUUUGGCUGGAAUAACAACAUUUACAUCGCCUAUGGAGGAUCCUCAUAUAACGACUUAUGUCAAUAGUGAUGAAGAAGACCAAGAAGAUUUUGAGAUUAAAUCAGAUGAUAAUCUUGUUGCAGUUGCUAAAGUUUAUAAGAAUGAAUAUACGUUGGAAGUGUAUUUAUACAAUGAAGCAGAAAAUGAUUGGUAUGUUCACCACGAUUACAUUUUGGAUGUUCCUCCUUUAUGUUUGGAGCCGAUAUAUUUUGACCCAGGAAGCGACGAUAAAAAAGGCAAUCUAUUAGCUAUUGGUGGUAUAGAUGGAUCAAUAAGUAUCUGGGAUUUGGAUCUGGUGAACUCAGUGGAACCAACAGUAACUCUCGGCAAAAUAAAGACCACAAAAAGAAAGCGACAAAAGCGCGAUGGCAGUGCACAAGAACAUUCUGGUGCUGUACUUUCAUUAGCAUGGAACCGCUUAAUGGAACAUGUUCUAGCAUCUGGAGGCGCAGAUAGUUCUGUGAUUUUGUGGGAUCUCGAAGAAACGAAGCCUGCAACAAUUGCGUCACAUUUUGAUGGAAUGGUACAAGCAGUGGAAUGGCAUCCAACGGAAUCAUCUAUUCUUUUAACAGGGACGUUAUCAAGUCAAGUUGGAUUAACAGAUUGUAGGAAAUUUGAUAAUUUAUCAAGAAAAUGGGAAGUGAGUGGUGAAGUGGAACGACUUACAUGGAAUCAUUUUUCUCCGUAUAAUUUCUUUGUAGUCACUGACAACGGCCAUUUCUAUUACAUGGAUACCCGUAAAAAUGAACCUGUUAUAUCGAAAAAAGUGCAUGACGGAGGUGCUCGCAGCGUAGUGCAAAGUUAUUAUACCAAGGAUUUAUUAUCUACAUGUGGUGAAGAUGGGUUCUUAAAAGUUUGGCGCUUGCGAGAGAGCAGCAGUGAUCUGGAGCUUGUUACAGAGCAUAAUGUAAACCUUGGAGGUCUUCAUAUAUGUCGUUUUUCACCUGAUUCUGGAAGUAUCGUUGCAGUUGGUGGUGAGAAAGAAGAAAUGGUAAAAAUUGUUGAAAUAAGAAAAUUCGAAGAAGUGCGAACGGCAUUCAGUUGA